AUGAAGCUAGACUCAGAUCUAAACCUCAACACGAGCCAUGGCAGAGACCGCACCCGCAGCACCCGCUCCGACCAAAUCCAAGGCCCCCAGGAAGAAGGCCGCCGCAAGAAGAGCGAUGGUCCCAACCUGGGAGCCCUCAUCAAGGCCGCCAUCGCGGAGUCCAAGGAGCGCAAAGGCGUUUCUGUGGCCGCCGUGAAGAAGGCGCUGGCGGCGAAGGGCGUCGAUGUGGUCAAGGCCAACAAGCGCAUCAACAACACCCUGAAGAGGAUGGUGCUCAACGGCGUAAAGAAGGUGGUGAAGAAGGCCAAGUCCCCUGCCAAGAAGGCGGUCAAGAAGCCCGCAGCAAAGAGCCCCAAGAAGGUGGCCAAGAAGCCCGCAGCAAAGAGCCCCAAGAAGGUGGCGAAGAAACCCGCCAAGAAGGUGACUCCCAAGAAGCCCAAGGCCGUGAAGAAGAGCCCCAAGAAGGCAGCAGCAAAGAAGGCUGCUCCCAAGAAGGCCAAGAAGUAA